UUUACAAAAGAUGCAACCAUUAGAUCGUAGUCCACACACUAUUGCACGUAACUUUCGUGUUUAUAAAUAGCAGCUAUACAAUGUUCAGGGAUGAGUAGUGAAGCUCUUGCAUAACCUUUUUCCAUCAAACAAAAUCUUUCCUUUGUGUUUUAAUUUCCUUUUUUUCAGUUGUGAUAAUAAUGGAGAACUUCAUGAAUGGAAGCAUCGUUGAAUCUCUUGAGAAUAAGACCAUUUUUAUUACUGGUUCUACUGGCUUUUUAGCAAAAAUUUUUGUGGAGAAGUUGCUCAGAGUUCAACCUAAACUGAAGCAUCUCUUCCUUCUUUUAAGAGCUCCGGAUCCGGAAUCAGCUCUGCAGCGUUUUCACACCGAGGUUACGUCAAAGGAGCUAUUCAGAGUGCUGAGGAGUACACAUGGUGCCAAAUUCAACACCUUUAUUUCUGAAAAGGUAACAGUUAUUGCCGGAGACAUUGCAUUGAAAAACUUUGGAUUAGGAGAAGACUCCGAUCUGUUGAACAAGUUGUUCAAAGAUGUGGACAUUGUCGCCAGUUUUGCUGCAACUACGAAAUUCAUCGAGAGAUACGACGUGGCUUUGGAAGUAAACACUUUAGGAGCUAAGAAUGUUUUGGAUUUCUCAAAAAAGUGUUCGAAACUAGAGAUGCUAGUUCACGUCUCAACAGCUUACGUUUGUGGGGAGGAAUCAGGUGUGAUAUCAGAGAAACCUUUUCUGAUAGGUAAAACGCUGAACCAAACCUCAGAGAUUUUAGACAUCGAAGCAGAGCUGAAACACAUGCGAAACCGCUUAGAAGAACUCGAGGCUUUGCAAGUGUCUAAAUCCGAAGAGACAGAAGCUAUGGAAAACUUUGGAUUGGAAAGAUCAAGAGCAUUUGGAUGGCCAAAUACUUAUGUUUUUACAAAGGCAAUGGGAGAGAUGUUAAUUGGUAAAUAUGGAGGAAAUCUUCCAAUUGUUAUUAUAAGACCUACCAUUAUCACUGGUACUUACAAAGAGCCCUUUCCAGGUUGGAUCGAAGGUGCUAGAACAAUUGACACUUUUCUAGUUGCUGGUGCUAAAGGGAAGCUACCAUGUUUUCUUGGAAAUGCGGAGUCAAUGUUGGAUGUGGUACCAGGAGACAUGGUGGCGAAUGCAGUAAUAGUGGCAAUGGUGGUGAAUGCAAACCAUCAAUCUUCAGAUCCAUUUAUAUAUCAAGUGUGUUCUUCACAAACAAGUCCAUUGAGUGCCAUUAAAUUGAGAGAUUAUUCCCACAGCUAUCUCCUCAAAAAUCCAUUGAUUGGUAAAGAUGGAAAUCCUGUUAAUGUUGUCAUGCCUAUAUGUCUACCUACUAUGGACAGUUUCCGACGUUAUAUCUAUGUCAAGUAUAGGUUACCUUUAAAGGUUUUGGAGUUGGUGAAUAUAGCACUUUGCCAGUAUUUUAAGAACACGUGCCAGGUUAUGAAUAGGAAGAUCAAUCGAGUAAUGCAUUUGGUUGAAGUCCAUGAGCCUUACAUAUUCUUCAAAGGAAAGUUCGAUGAUUUAAACACAGAGAGAUUGCGGAUGGCGAUAAGAGCAAACGAAACGGAUACCAAACUGUUCUAUUUUGACCCCAAAUCCUUAGAUUGGGAUGAUUACUUCGUCAACAUUCAUAUUCCCGGACUAGUCAAAUUCGUCAUUCGUUAAUUAAUUAUUUGGUGCACAAUCCAAAGGGUUAUACAAAAUGUGAAGAUCUAAAUUUCUGUUGUAUUUUUCUAAGUGUGAGUAAUUAGCUAGCUAAUCCGGCAGCUGAUAUAGCAAUUUCAUAUAUUCAGAUUUGGUUUGUCAAUUAUUAAAUAAAGCCAUAAAGUUGGAGCAUAAA